CAAAAUCAAUCCAUCUAGCACCUUUCAUUUUUGGGCCUCCAAUUUCACUACACACGGCCCAAGAGUUUUCUAGACAUCUUCGAAUUUCUUCCACGAAUGUCUUACAGUUUUCUUGCCCGCCAAGACAUAAUCCUAUGUAAAACACUUUAACUCCACCCCCUCCCCAAACUCCCGCAGUUUUCCAACAUCAGCAGAAGAUCUUAGCAGAAAACAAAGUUAAAACAAAUAUGGAGUUGUUCGAAUCCAUGCCAUCUUCUAAAGCAAUUUUGACGGCGGCAACUUCUCUUACAGCUUCUGUAAUUCUCUUCAGAUCAAUAGCUAGCGAUCUUGUACCUGAAACACUUCAGCACUUCUUCUCUUCACGCUUUCAAAAAAUAUCAAACCGCCUUUCCUCACAGCUGAUAGUUGUCAUAGAAGAAUCUGAAGGUCUCACUUCGAACCAGAUGUUCGACGCCGCCAACGUUUAUUUGGGUACAAAGGUUUCUCCUUGGACACAGAGGAUCAAAGUCAAUAAGCCCGACAAAGAUGAAGAGCUCGCCGUCACUGUCGACAGGUACCAAGAAGUAACAGAUUGUUAUGAAAAUGUGAAUUUCACCUGGAUUUUGAAGUCCAGGGGAAUUAAACAGAGUGACAAGAGCUCCAAUCCCAAGACAGAGCUUCGAUAUUUUGAGUUGAGUUUUCACAAGAAGAAAAAAGAGAUGGUUUUAAAAUCUUAUUUACCAUAUAUAUUAUUAAGUAGGGCCAAAGAGAUUAAGGAAGAGAAAAAAGCAGUGCGGUUACAUACGGUGGAUUAUAAUGGGACUGAUUAUUGGAGUUCCGUGGUAUUAAAUCAUCCUGCGACUUUUGAUACAAUGGCAAUGGAACCAGAAAUGAAGAAGGAGCUGAUUGAGGAUCUUGACAUGUUUGUGAGUAGAAAAGAUUACUAUAGGAGAGUUGGCAAAGCUUGGAAACGCGGCUACUUGCUAUAUGGACCACCUGGUACAGGGAAAUCGAGCUUAGUUGCAGCGAUGGCUAAUUACCUUAAGUUUGACGUUUAUGACUUGGACUUGAGAGAGGUGCAGUGCAAUUCGGAUUUGAGAAGGUUGUUGAUUGGUUCAGCAAAUCGAUCCAUACUUGUGAUAGAAGACAUUGAUUGCAAUGUGGGGUUGCAGAAUAGAGAAAAUGAGAAUGACACAAGUGAAGAUGACAAGAUCACAUUGUCUGGGCUGCUGAACUUUAUUGAUGGGUUGUGGUCGAGUUGUGGAGAUGAGCGAAUCAUAGUGUUUACAACAAACCACAAGGACCGACUUGAUCCAGCAUUGUUGAGACCUGGCCGUAUGGAUGUGGACAUUGAAAUGUCCUACUGCACUUUCAGUGGUUUCAGGAUACUGGCAGCUAAUUACCUAAAGAUUGAGGAGCACAGCAAGUUUAGGGUAAUUGAGUUUCUGCUCCUGAAAGUUAAAGCAACUCCAGCUGAAGUUGCAGGAGAGCUGAUGAAGAGCAACAACAGUGAAAUUGCACUAGAAAACCUCAUCAAAUACCUUUCAAAACAAAAUGCAUUGCUGACUGAAACAGAUGGACAUUAGGGACUACGGCGGAGGACAAAUAAAUUCGGCAUAGGGUGAGAUAUUCUUUGAUCUUUUAAAGAGCAAGAUUUUUAUAGUUCAUUAGCUUUUGUUAAACCUGGUAACAUAUUACGCUGAUUCUUUGAUUCUAUUCAUCAUUGGACCUCCAUCUAUUUAUAAGUUUGGCGUGUUGCUUUACAAAAUCUACUUCAGUUAGUUGUGUCAUUACAUGGUUAGAAAUAUUUCUUUUCUGCCUUUCCUAGAAUAUUUUGCAGAUGCAGAACUGAAGUACAGUCCAUCAAAUUACUUAACGCAACAUACUAACAGGUAUUUGCAUGAAUAUAAUUGUAUUUAGUUAUGUGGUGAGGUGGUUCCAUUACGCCGCAAGUUCCGGUUUCUAACGUUGCAACAUGACUCAGUUCUGAUAAUUCUAUUUGGAUACUUGUAAG